CCAUUCACUACAUUCCGAGAACAAUUCAGUCAUAAAAUGGCCAAGUUUUUAUCUACUUUGGUUGCCAAUGCUGCAUUUCUCCUGCUUUGGAUUGUUCUUGUCUCUGCUUCUACGGAACAACAAAAGAUCGACGACGUUGCCGCUAUCUCACCUUCCUUAGAGCAGGUCGCAUCUCCUCAGGAUACCAACAUAUGCGGCCCGAACGACGUAUAUAAUAGUGAGAUAUGGCGUCCAACGCAGGAUUGCAAUAUCUGUACAUUCUACUGUGCAGGUGUAUGUUCAGGGAUGGGUACUAAACAGGUUAAAAAAGCCUGCACGCCUCGUAGACGAUACGGUGAGGCGCCUUCGGUGUUUUGUCAAUGUUGUUGUGCGAAACCCCGGUCUCCUCCACCUCCACCACCGUCUCCCCCUCCUCCGACUCCUUCAGGUGGUGAGUGUCAAGACGGGGACACAGAGUCGGAAACUACGCUCAUCACCUCGAACUGCGCCGAUUGUACAAAUUGGUGCAAAGAAGAAUGUGCAGAUUUAGGUGCUGUUGUGGUUAAUGACAAGUGCGCAAUAGGUGAAUCCAAGUUUGUUAGGCGUUGCAAGUGUUGCUGCCGUGCAAGCUCUUGUCCUACCCUUGGUUGUCCUGCAGACGUCACAUGGACGGUACCGGGUGUAUUGCCUCCUUGCAAAUACAAGCUAAUAUCGUCAUUCUCUUCGUUGCCAUCAUCAGGAUUAUCAAUGUAACAUGCUGAAAACUCGUAGAUUGAUUCAACUAAAUAAAAAGCUGCUGCCCCCAUGAAUCAACGUUUGAUUGAUCCAGAUUGGCACUGGCUUAUUGUACCAUUGCAAUUGCAAUUUGAGUUUUUAAUGAGAAUGUUUUUCUUUUGUCAACUGU